AUGUAUAGUGGCAAAGCUUUAUUAGGACAACUUGAGGGUUCCGAGAUACUAGAUCUCAUCACUGCAUCCGAUGAAUUAUUUCUUCAUGAAUUAUUUAAUUAUUCUCAAGAAUAUUUAAUUGAACAUAGAGUUGAAUGGAUGAGGCAAAAUCUCGUGCAUGCCUUACAAAUUGCUUUCAGGCAUGAUGCAUGUGUAAGUUUACAAAAUUUUUGUUUGGGACUCGUUAAUGAAAAUGCAUGGGCAUUAUUUCAAUCAGAAGAAUUUAUUUCGAUUGAUGAAGUAGUCUUAAUGUCGCUUUUAAAACGUGAUGACUUUAAUGUUGAAGAAAUUGAUAUAUGGAAUUUCUUGAUAAACUGGGGAAUUGAACAUACACCAUCAAUUCUCGAACGAGAUAUUUCGAAAUGGACAUUUGAAGAUUUUACACUACUAGGAACAACAUUACGUAACUUACUUCCAUUUGUCCGAUUAUUCCAGAUAACACCUAAAGAUUUUUAUCAUAAAGUUUGGCCAUUUGAAAAAAUUUUACAGAAAGAUCUUAAAGAAGGAUUAUUGUCAUUUUAUCUUACAAAAGAACCACCGAAACAUGUCCCAUUACUUGAACCAAGAAUUUUAAAAAAAAAUAUUGAUUCUGAAAUUAUUUCUUAUAAUCAUGCUGCAUUGAUUACCGGUUGGAUUAAUCGUAAAAAUCCACAAUCAUUAUUUGGUCUGUAUUCACAAAACUUUAAUUUAACAAAGUCAUCAUCCUCAACACCAACAUAUUUUGAUAUCAAAGAUUUUAGAAUUAAAGAUAAAGGAGCACAUGUUCCAUAUCGACUUCGAUUGAUAUAUAGAGCAUCAAGAGAUGGAUUUACCUUUGAUUCGUUUCAUAAACAUGUUGAUAAUAAAGGUCCAGCCGUAGUAUUCAUCAAAAUUGGUAGUAACUACGCAGAAUGUAUAGGUGGGUAUAAUCCGGUUGGAUGGUAUUCUUAUGGGAGUUAUAUAGCCACGGGAGAUAGUUUUAUAUUUUAUUUGCCAUUGAAUGAAGAUGAAAGUCAUAAUAGUCAUAAAAUUAGUCGAAUUAGACCAUAUUUUAUAGAUGGAGCAAUAUUUGAUACGUCAAAUCAUGGAGCAUGUUUUGGAUACGGCGAUAUUUGGUUCGGAAAUAGAGAAAGACCAAGGUAUGGAUCCUGUACCCGAGUUUAUUAUGAAAACACAAUAAGGGAUACAGAAGACGAAUUUUAUGCGGAAGAAAUAGAG